AUGGAAUUAGUUGCUGUUGAUAAAGGACAACCAAAUUUACAAGCUCUAACAACUGAACAACGUACUGAAGCAACAACAAAAACUAUUGUUCAGCCUGAUGAAUGUUAUAGAAUAAUUCAACGUGUUGUUCAUGAACGUCGAUUUAAUCACGGUUCAUAUUUACAAAAGUUGGGUGUUAUUGUUGAUGUUAAUGAAAUGUUAUUGAUACCUGGAAGAAUUUUACUAUCACCAGAAAUAAAUUAA